CGCCCGAACACAAAUGAACAUACUAUUAGGACUGUGUCUCCUGAGCGCGUGUGUGGCGCCACUGGCAUGUCGCUCCGUGGACAACCACGAGCCACCUUCCGAAGACUUGGAACCCUUCGUAUCCCAUCACCAUCACGAUGGCAACAUAGCUGAACUGCUGAUACCACUUCUAGAACGCAGCCUAGCUCAAAGCGAGGCUAGAUCCGCUGAACAUAGGCGCAAACCAGGUAAAAAGGUGAUCCAAGUUCUUCCAUACAGAGGCUCAGAGGAACAUAAGAGGAAAGGGUGGAGGAAACUCAAUUCUCAUAAGAAGCAGGUUGUGGAAAUCACUCCCUUGCAUGGUAAGGAUAGAGCUAAGCCUUUAGCUUACAUCCUUUCUGCCGCGAAAUCCAGUCAUGAUGAACGAGCAGGUCCUCACGAUGUCAGUUCUAGCAACUCUGAUGGUGAACGCGAUAAGUCUACCAGUGAAGAACAGCAAUCCACUGAAGAGUCAAAAGAUGUGAAUGAUAAAACGGCUGAUGUCUCUGAAUCACACAGCGCUUCCAGCAGCGCUAAAUCUAGCGAAGAGGAUAAAGAAUCUAAGGAUGUAAGCGAUAAAUCUAGCGAUGUGACUGCUGAAGAUAGCGAUAGAAGCGCUGAAAAGGUAAAGGAUGAUAGAAAGUUUGUUUUAAUUGAAGAUAGCAAUGAAGGUGGUAAAACUAAGCUUAGUAAGAAACAUAAGAAGUCCCAUCACCAUCUCAGUAAAGAUGUGACUACAGAAAAGAAUUCAGAUAGCGAUGUCACAUUAGAAGUAAAAGAAGCAACAAUAGAAUCAGGAGAAACUACAGAAGAAUUCGUUACAGAAGAGAAAACAGACUCAUCAGAAGCUCUAUAUGAUAGUUCAAACCGAUACGUUACGAUAGAAAACGUUGACGUUACACACGAAGUUACCAGUGAAGAUGUUACAGUAACAUCUGAAGAUGUAACGUCAGAAGGGAGAGCUGUGACGUCAGAAGACACCAAUGUCACACAAGAAGAUAAAACCGUUACACAAGAAAACGUUACAACUGAACUGAAAGACGUCACGAAAGAAGAACAAUCAGUAACUCAAGAAGCAACAUCAUCUUCCGAAGUUACAGUAGAAAAUCACGACGUUACAGCUGAAGAAAAUACAACAACAGACCUAAAAGUCACCACAGAAGAUCUCGUUACAUCAGAAAAUGUAGUUACACUGGAAAAUUUAGACGUUACACAUGAAACACAAGUUACUAAUGAAGAUAUUUCUGUAGAAACAGCAACAGAUGUGAAAUUACAUUCACCUAAAGAUGAAAACACAUAUAAAACUGUUUAUAAUGAAUAUGACGAUUCAAAAGACGUUACUGAAGAGACAGACUUACAAAACAGCUUCAUUGAUAAUAAUAUUGUGAUAAGUAGAACGGAUCAGGAAACUGAGUCAGUUGAAAAUAAUUUUGGAAAGAUAUUCAAUGAUAGAGCGAGAGAUAUAAUUGAAUUGAUACAGUCUUCUGUCGAAGCGAGUACAGUUGGGCAUCGGAACUGCGUGGAACCGCCUGAAAAACAUCACGAUCACAAAUCGUAUAGACUAUCGUUCUUAUUCAACAAAUAAUUCAGGGAUUUUUAAACUUAUUUCAAUGUGUAUAUGAGAUUGGGAUAGGUUUUAAAAGCGUUUGUCCCGUUAAGCAAAAAAAGUCAAAGCAUUUAUUUCAAUCUAUACUUCUAUACUAAUAUUAUAAAGCUGAAGAGUUUGUUUGUUUAAACCCACUAAUCUCCGGAACUACUGGUCCGAUUUGAAUAAUUCUUUUUGUGAUGGAUAGUGC